CUUGAAAAUCAUACAAACAGCUCCAGUAAUAUGACGUGUUUUGCAACAUAGACAGUUGACACAUCCUACAUCUAACCGGCAGUGGACGCGUCUGUUCUCAUCAACAAAAUCCCUCAUAAUCCCUGCUGCCGGGAGAAGAUAGUCUCGCUCCUCUCUCCCUUCUUGACACAUUCCAAACCCAUAAGCCAUACUAUUCCUCCAUGCCGUCGCUGCUUUCAUGGUGCCAACCUGGGAAGAGAAAGGAGAAGCGGCUAUGGAAGGAGAUUGAAGAAGAAGCUGAGCACUUGGAUCAACACCCAUCAUGGGACGCUCCUGACAAUUCGUUGAUGCUCCAAGCUUUUGAAUGGCACGUGCCGGCUGACCAAGGCCAUUGGCGUCGUCUCCAACAUGCUUUGCCUGGCUUCAAAGCUAUCGGGGUCGAUAAUAUCUGGAUUCCACCCGCGAGCAAAGGCAUGGAGCCAUGCGGCAAUGGCUAUGAUAGUUACGACCUGUAUGACCUGGGAGAGUUCGAACAAAAAGGAUCCUGCGCUACAAAAUGGGGCACUAAGGAAGAACUCCAAUCCCUAGCAGCUCGGGCCCAAGAUCUCGGGAUAGGCAUCUAUUGCGAUGCUGUCCUCAAUCACAAAGCCGGAGCAGAUUACACGGAGCGCUUUCCAGCAGUCAAAGUUGACCCACAGGAGCGUAAUACGGAGAUAUCCUCUCCCGAAGAGAUCGAGGGCUGGGUGGGAUUCAACUUCCCCGGGCGCGGUGACCGGUAUAGUUCGAUGAAGUACAACUGUCAGCACUUCAGUGGUGUCGACUGGGAUCAAAUCCGUCAAAGGAAGGGAGUGUACAAAAUCGAAGGGCAUAAUUGGGCAAAAGAUGUUGCCAGUGAGAAUGGCAAUUACGACUAUCUCAUGUUUGCAGACUUGGACUACUCCAACGCCGAAGUGCGGAAUGAUGUGUUAAACUGGGGUGAGUGGAUAAACACCCAGUUGCCUCUAAGUGGUAUGCGGCUGGAUGCGGUCAAACAUUAUUCGGUUGGUUUUCAAAAGGAGUUCAUUGAUCGUCUUCGAGCAACUGUCGGACCAGACUACUUCAUAGUGGGCGAAUACUGGAGAUACGAGGCCAGGCCGCUCCUUGAUUACUUGAAGCAGAUGGACUACAAGUUAUCUUUAUUCGAUUCAGCCUUGGUUAGACGCUUGUCAAUGAUCUCGCAAGUAGAAGGAGCCGACCUUCGCAACAUUUUUAAUAACACGUUGGUUCAGCUACGGCCUAAGAAUGCUGUGACGUUUGUUGCCAAUCAUGACACUCAACCAGGGCAGGCCCUUGCGACACCAGUUGCUUCGCGCUUCAAACCUCUUGCGUACGCUCUGAUCCUGCUUGGUGAUAAGGGUCAGCCGUGUGUAUUUUAUGGAGAUCUCUAUGGUCUCCAAACUGACGUCAAAGAUCCGAUGACUCCCUCCUGCAAGGGAAAGCUUCCCAAACUCACACAGGCCCGAAAGCUGUAUGCAUAUGGCUUGCAACGAGACUACUUUGAUAAAGCGAACUGCAUCGGUUUUGUUCGUUACGGCAACCGUCGACAUCCGUCUGGUCUUGUGUGCAUAAUGAGCAAUGCCGGCCCAUCAAGAAAGCGAAUGUAUGUCGGUCGACGACACGCCACAGAGCAAUGGACCGAUAUCCUGCAGUGGUGUCCCCAAACUGUUGUGAUUGACAAAAAGGGCUACGGAGAAUUUCCGGUGAGCGCAAUGAGUGUGAGUGUAUGGGUGAAUUCUUCGGCAGCAGGAAGAGAUAGCCUCCAGUAUCAAUUCGACAACGAUAUAUAUAAAUACUAGCUAUGUGAUAAAAAAGACGGAGAGAAGGCUAUAAAGGACAACAUUUUCAGAAAUAUUGGGGUAUUUUUAAUCGGAUGUCGG